AUGAAAGCCAACAUGAGGAACUUCGCCGCCGGCAUGGCCUUGGCCACCUUCGCAUCGACCGGCAUCAUUCUCGGCAUGGCCAACGCCCAUCCACAACGCCUUCCACCUCCUCCAGGGGCACCUACCAAGUGCGCGGGCUCCGACGCUAGCGCAGAGCAUUCCAACGUCCUCUCCUGUCCGCUCCAGCCAGGAGCCGUGGACAUUCUGUGCUCGGGACCGGGCAGCGAUUUGCAGGGAGGCACAUGCAAUCCGAAGGGGAUGGAUGAGAGGCCGCCUUCGACAUUGUGCUACUGCACCAAUGGCAACUUCUGCUGCAACCUGUCGGGUGGCAUGGAGGUGCCUGGCGGAGAGAAUCCGGUGGACUACUACAACGAUGUGGCGUGGAACUGCAAUGGCUAG